AGAGGCUGCCAGAGCCGUUAAGUGCUCUGCGCGUUCUAGUCUCUAAUUUCUUUUUAGGUGUGACGCGCUAACGAGGAGAUGAGUGAAAAGAUGCUUUCUGCCUUACUCUUAUUAGCCGUGGCUGCGUCCCCACUUCUUGUCCAAGCUUCAGUGCAAACACCCACGCUUACGUCAUGCUCGAGUUCGGAGAAAGUCGUGCUCAGCGACGUCACCAUACAAAACGCUCAGAUUGGCCAGAAGAUGACCGCAAACUUCUCACUUACGAUCAACGAACCACUCAAGUCGAAGCCCAAGCUACAAGUGACACUCACUAAACAGGACGGCAGGAAAGUCAACUGCAUAUCACACAUGGGCUCAUGCAAGUACGACCUCUGUAGAAAAGAUAAUAUUGUUGAGGAGACUCUCAGCAAGUCGUGGGGCAACACAUGCCCUGUUCCAGCAACUACACUGCAAGAGACCGUAGACGUCGUGUUGCCGACCAUGCUGAAGUUUAUUAUAGGCAAUCCUCCGACGACAUUAACUGUAAAGCUUGAAGUCACCAACGAUGAAAAAACUGUCGGAUGCCAGUCGUUCAAGUUUCACAUAGCAGCUGCUUGAGAAGGGUGGAUAAGGAUGUUAGGGGAGGCCAACAAGAUACGCUACAAUUGCUGGGGAAAUUGGAUAUAAACCGCGGAGGUCCGGGAGGGGCUUCUUCUAACCAUUAGUGGUGAAAGAAGACUGUAGCAUAGGAUCGUGACGAAAGAACUGAUUUGUUAUGGGAACAACCACACUUUGUUCACAGACUCAUGGGCAAAAUGUGGAAAACAGUGAAGUCAUGUGCUACCGUCAUGAAAAAUAAAGAACUUUAACUUUUAGAUAUGUUACUUUGGUGGACUACGGAAAUGUUAGGUGAAAUUGUUGUUUUCUCUUUCUUUACUUACACAUUUACGCACGUCGCGUAUGUCUUGAGUUACACAAAUCAAGAUGCGAGCGUUCAGAAUACAAUACUAUGGUGCCAUAAAGUAGGCUGAGAACUUAAGCGUCACCAAAUUUUUAUGCCUUCGCUUGGCGAAUAUGUACGUUGAAAACAGCGUAAUCUAUUAAAGGCGUAUAAAAUGGC